AACCUCAUCGGCUGCUUUACACAGCGUGGAUUUCAAUGACAAGCGGUCCUAAGAUUUCAUAAGACAUCGAACCGGUACCCGGUACCACAGCCGUCCCGGGACCUUAACCAUGUCCUUACCGAUGUUGUUCAGAACCGUCACCACACAACUCUUAAAGGGCCGUCAUGUCCACACGGCCUGUCAGCUGCUGGCCGUCGAGAAAUCCCUUCUGAUGAAGCUAAGGAAAAGCACCGGCUACACUUUUAUCAACUGUAAAAAAGCCCUGGAGAAGUUUGACAAUGACAUAAACCAGGCGGAGAGCUGGCUGAACCAGCAGGCCCAGAAAGAGGGCUGGAGCAAAGCCAACAAGCUGGAAGGACGCCGGGCGAAAGACGGGCUGGUGGGCGUCUUCGUGGGCGAGGAGGCCGCUGUGAUGGUGGAGGUGAACUGUGAGACAGACUUUGUGGCCCGUAACGAGAAGUUCCAGGAGCUGGUGAGGGACGUGGUCUCUGCCACGCUGGCCCACCACCGGGGCAACAGCCAGGGCAAGACGGGAUACGUGAAGUCUCCUGGGGGCCGUGAUAUGAGCACACUGCGGGUUGGAGAGGCGGGGUCCCUAGCUGACCAGGUGGCCCUCACUAUCGGUCAGUCCCCCCCUUCUCCUGCCGACUGGGGGGAGAACAUGUCGGUGCGGCGGGCGGUGAUGCUGGGCGUCCCGGCCGGCUGGCACAUUGGCUCCUACGUGCACGGGGGCGUGGGCGGCCCCGGGGACACGGCGCUGGGCCGCUACGGGGCCCUGGUGGUUUUCAAGGGGGGCAAGGAGGAAUCCCGAGAGCUGCUGGGACGUAAGCUGGGGCAGCACGUGGUGGGAGAGGCGCCCACGACGCUGGGAAACAUGGAGGACCUGCCCUGCGGCGACAGCGAGACCCGCCUGCUGCCUCAGACCUUCCUUCCGGACCCGUCCCGGACCGUGGCCCAGUUCCUGCUGGGCCAGGAGGCCCGGGUCCUGGACUUCGUCCGCUUUCAGUGCGGGGAGGCGGCUGAAUGACGGGCUGUUGUGUCUUCCUGUGUUUCUGAUUAAAUGAGAUAGGAUGGUUAGAGUGCGGAGAUAAUGGUCAAUAAUUUAUAAGGUUCAACCGUACUCAUGCUGUAUGAUGACAAUAUGUUUAUUAUUGUAAUAAAUGGUGAGAUAAUGGCG